ACUGUCAACAUAACAUAACCCACAUUAUUUAAUAUUUUGGAAUAUUUGGAUGACCACAGAAUUUUACAAUAAAUUGCGAAAUAAAAAUGCCAUUUGUUAAAAAUACCAAUUAUCGUGUCAUGCAUUUUGAAGACGUAUCUUCGACUGAUUUUUAUACAUACUACAAUUUAGACAACCUGAGAAAAGUUUGUGAAUUGAAUGCUGGACAAAUAACGAAAUGUAGAACCAUUGGAAUACUACAGAGCUUAAACGGGCGCUAUUAUUUAACCGAACUGGACAAACCUAAUCUUAUACCUGAAUUUAGAAUUCAAGUGUCUAUGGUUUACCUCAAAGAACCUGUACAUUCAACCCUAAUACCAUAUCCAGUACAAGUUUUUGGUACACUGCAGUGGAAAAAUCGACCUGUUAUUUUCGCCAAAAUACUGCAGAUGUUAACCAUACCAAUGGCUCUUAAAGCUAGAGACACAUUGAACUCAGUAACUACAAUACACCUAGCAAAACGAAGAAAACACAGUGAUUGUGAAGACUUCACUUGAUUAUGUGCAAAAGAAAACAGUUAAAAAUUUUAAAAUAUGCAUAAUUUGUUUUCACAAUAGGUGGUGGUGGUGGUAGUGUUUGAGGUCAUUAAAAAUAAACUCCGACGAAAUGACAAUUGAGACAUAGACCUCAAGACUACAGUGAGUGGUGGCAUUCAUGGUGUAUCUCUGGGCUCUGGUAAUUACUUAACACCAGGUUCACCAUGAGCUCAUUCACCAGUCUGUCCAAUACAUAAAAAUAGCACAGCUGAACAGAAAUGGUAGAAUACUGGUAUCUGACAACCUAACAAUCUCAAUAGUUUGUAAAUCUAAAGAUAAAUACUGCAGUAGUAUAUAAUAGAAUAAUAAUAUGUUGGAUUGUUAUUUUACACAGCAUUAGUAGCAAUUAUGUAUUUAAAAACAAAACAAAAUUUAAAAGGGGUGCAUGUUUAUUAAACCUUAAAUCAAAUACAACAAUAAAAAUUGUGAUUAAACUCAACAUUCCAACACCAACAUACACAAUUAAUAUGUGAGAAACAAUAAUAAGAGAUGUGCCUGAUUACCUAUUUUAUGAAUGACCUGACCAAUAAUACAUAAUAAAAUUAUUAUAAUAACUCUAAUAUUAUUUUAUUUACAUACUGAAAUACAACACUAAUAAUGCCAAAUCUAUCUGUUAUUAGUUAUAAGAUUCUUGAUGUCAAUUGUUCUUCAUUAAAUUUUCUUAAUUUAAGGCAAGUUCGCAUGUGUUUUAUUCUGAAUAGCUUGAAAGUAUAAAGCAAUGUUCGUAGUGGUGGUAUCUGGGCCUGAGUAUUUUUGUUUGGAAUAAAAUUAUCUUGUGUCCCUGAUAAUUAUUCAUAAACCAUUUGAAAUGUUAAACAAUUUUGAAUUAAUGAACAAAAAAAUGACCUGGAAUGUAUAAAUACAAAUAAAUAUACAAUGUUUCUUUGUACCGAUUUUCUGAACACAAGUGAAUAGUUAGAAAACCUCAAAUGAGCUUAGAGGAAUUGUAUAAGGACAUUUAUCGUUUAUGAAAGUUAAUAAAAUAACAGUUUAGGAUAUAUAAUAUUGAGGGGUGAAAAUAUUAUAACUAAAUAAACAUUCAGUUAUUUGAAUGGGGUAAACUUAAUUGAA